AUGGCGUCCCAUGGCAAGGUUAUGGACCUGUUCGACGAGCGCUAUCUCGAGCUACAAGAUGUUGUUGGCAACGUCGAGCCGCUACCUACUCUCGUACCUUAUGAGCAGUACAAGUCUCACGCCAUCACCUACCGAAUGGACACGAACCACGACGUUUUCUUCGCGCUUCUCCAGGACUUCACUGAGCGCAAGGCGUUGGAGACGGGCAAGGAGCUAUGGACGUGGUGCGUGCAGUGGGAAGUGAAUCAAACAGCGGCUCGCCAAUCCCUCGCGGCACCGCAAUCAGCAAAGAGGCCUCGUCUUGACUUGGGCCAGCCGAACACCCCUACCGCGCCGAAACCGGCGAGCAACGCGCCCCCGAUGACUCUGCAUGCUCGCUGUAUAGAUCCCGAUCUCUUGCACGAGGAGGACAUGUUGCGCAUUCUGGUCGAUAUCGUGCAGAUCGACAGCACAGUGGUACCCAACUUCAUCGAGUUUCUUUACAGGUGGAUCGACUUUUACGAAGGAGACGGAAAGGCUCUGAAGGCGGCUCUACAUGGCGAGAUUCCAAGUUUGUGGGACUUUGAAUAUCAUCCGUUUCUUGUCCCUCAGGCAGUCAAGAAGGAAAUGAAUCAAGCAAGAGGUGCCACCCAAGACGGCGGGAAAGACGGACAAGGCGGUGACACAACCACUCAGAUGCGACAAAAGCCCGACCUAGCGGCACUCGAACGCAAGACAGAAGAAAGCGAACGUCUGAAGUACCGCGAAGUACACUUCGGCAUACAGCCCCCAAAGCUAGACGAGCCCCUGCCGCCUCUUAUCAACAUCCCUCGAGACCAGUACAAGCGAGCCAAGUAUUACGAGGCUUGUUUCAAAUCACGACAACGCGCUUUCUUCUUACUCGUAGAAGCAGGAGUUACCCCACAGAACAUGAGAGACUACCACCGAGAUCAGACAAUGAGCCUGCAAGAGACGCCACCGCUCGUGGAAGCAGGCGGCCUCAAGAACUACGAGAAGGACGCAAAGCUUGCGCAGGUCUUCACUUCGCUCAAGGAGCAACAUAGGGCAAAGCAGUUGGAAAUUUCCAUCAGCAGUAAAUUGGCGGAUGAGGCUCAAUUUGCUGCGCGUAGUGCUGCUCCCCGAGGUCCAUCGGGUGUCCCUCUCAUCCCUACCACGGCCAUUCACGCCCAUCGCCCGGAUGUGACUGACGGGAUCUUGCGCAAGAUCCAACAGACCAAAGAUGAGGGACAGCAAAGGAUCAAUAUCGUUCCUACACCACUUGUGGGUAAGAUGAAGAGCAGGCUGUUCCGAGGUGCAAGAGACAGAGCGGGUUUGCAAGAAAUGUUCGCGCGUAGUAGUUUCCCAUCGAUUCCACAUUCUUCACGCAACUUUGACGGCGGUAGGCGGAACAACAACGACGGCAAUGGGAGUACCGAUGAAGAUUCAGACGAUGACAUGAAUGCCCCAAGGGCCAGAAUGCGUCUGCUGCCUAGACCCUCAUUUCCAUCGCCCGCAACGCCCCCUCGUCCAUCUCUACCACCGCUACCACGUCCACCGCCUGCGAUGACCUCGACUCAACCUCGAGAUACGUUCAUUCCCGACACCACCUUGGCCUUCCAAGGAGGCUUCGGUCCUUAUGCUCGACCCCCGCUACCACCUGGAUUUGAACAUCAGCAUCAUUCUCCAUCUGGAUAUAGGGCUCUUCCUUCGGUGGCUCCGCCGGGUCUUCCCCCUCUUUGGUUCCAGCCUACUACUCACCCACCAAACCUGUCUCAGCAGUCUUACACGUCAUCUUGGCCGACGCCAUUAGGACGCGCUGAUCAUGCACCACCACCGGCGUUUGCACAGCGCCUCGCGGCUGCUCAAGAGACACAGGGUCAUGCCACUAGCUAUGGUCAGCGACUUCCAAAUGCUGGGCCACCCCUACCACGCGCACCAGACCUGCCAAGUCUUAGCAGAGGAGUUGAUCAGGGUAGAUCUACUCAGCAGCGCCAACAGCUCUCUCUCAAUUCUUUACUGGCUCCUCCUCAGGCGACUAUGCAGCGCACUGCUCCAUCUCCACUUAACCUUCGACCACCAGGUUCUCCUCUCUCAUCCUUCGCACCAAGUCUACUAGCCACCUCUCCCUUUACUACAUCUCACCGCGGUAUUCCCGUGCAAAUCUAUCUGCCCAAGAUCCUCGUACCCGCAAACACCAUCGGUCCCGGCGGACUGAGGCUAGGCGACAAUGGGUUAGCCGAGACUGACGCUUUUCUCCUUGGAUACACACACCCCAAGAGUGGGAAGAUCACACUGAAUCGCGCGGUCUUUCUACCUUUGGGUGUGUGGGCCAAUGCACAAGACAGAGUGCGAAAGGGUCACUACACCGUACUGGAGAGCUACGCAGCACCGAAUAGAGGUCCUUCAAUAUCGCAUCAUGCUGCCUAUGAGAAGGCGAAGCAGGCUUAUGAGAUGAUGGUUAUGAAUUCUCCCGUGGCGAGGGAACGAGAACUGACAAAGAGGUGGAGGGCUAGUAGAGGAAGGAUGACGACGACUCAGAGGGGUGCCAUCUGGGAAGGCUGGGCUGUGGAGGUUGACAGAGAGAUCGCUCUGAGUAAAGAGGACAGAAAGGGUGCUUUUGUGCAGAACGCGCUGGUGGAUGGAGUAGAUGGGGAUAGUGAUGAGGCUAGGCGGAGGAGGGAGAUUGAGGAGUUGCUUGAGACGGAUGAGGCAUGGGACUAUGAGGAUGAGGACGAGGAUGACGAAGUUCAGGAGGAUUACGGGGAUGAAAUGGAGGGGCAUGAUGACAGUGUGGAUGGCGAUGACGAUGACGAUGAUGAAGAGGGUGAAGAGGACAGGGAGGGUGAGGAUGUGUAUAUGGACGGCUAG